UGCGCUCUGUGCCUCUUCACCGUUGCUCUGGCCACAGCCCCACCCAACCAGGCUCAGUUGUCCUGGAGAGGGACUCCUAGAUCCUGCAGUUGUACAGUUGCUGGCCAAUUGGAUCUGGUGAGUGGAUAAUCUCAGUGUGAGGUCCACAGAGCCCUGUCUCAUCUUGCCUGUUACGUGAGGGGCUCAGAACCACCAGUAUGUCAAGUGAGGCGAGCGCUACAGGGACCUCACCUAGGACUCCACGUCCUGGGGCCCAGAAGUCAUCAGGUGCAGUAACCAAGAAGGGGGACCGGGCUGCUAAGGAGAAGCCAGUAACUGCCCUGCCUCCAGUGGGUGAGGAAGAGCCAAAAAAUCCCGAGGAGUACCAGUGCUCAGGGGUCCUGGAGACAGACUUCGCCGAGCUCUGCACACGGUCAGGCUACACGGACUUUCCCAAAGUUGUCAUCCGGCCACGGCCCCACCAAAACUUUCUCCCUUCUACCUCCAUAUCAGAAAAACCCACCCAAGAUGACCAGCGGCUGUCAGCAUCCUGCAGCCAGAACAGCUUGGAGAGCAAAUACGUGUUCUUUCGACCUACCAUUCAGGUGGAGCUGGAGCAGGAAGACAACAAGGCAGUGAAAGAGAUCUACAUCCGGGGUUGGAAAGUUGAGGAUCGGAUUCUGGGAAUCUUCUCCAAAUGUCUGCCCUCCCUCAGCCAGCUGCAAGCCAUCAACUUGUGGAAGGUGGGGCUGACGGAUAAGACCCUGACCACUUUUAUCGCCCUUUUGCCUCUCUGCUCCUCCACACUCAGGAAGGUAUCCCUGGAGGGGAACCCACUACCGGAGCAGUCCUAUUACAAGCUCAUGGGACUGGACAGCACGAUUGCUCACUUGUCUCUGAGAAACAACAACAUCAAUGACCACGGGGCGCAGCUCCUAGGCCAGGCACUGUCCACACUGCACAACAGCAACCGGACCCUUGUUUCACUGAACCUAGGAUUCAACCACAUCGGGGAUGAGGGUGCCGGCUACAUUGCAGAUGGCCUGAGGCUGAACCGCUCUCUCCUGUGGUUGUCCUUGGCACACAACCGCAUUCAAGACAAGGGUGCACUGAAGCUGGCCGAGGUCCUGCGCCCCUUUGAGCUGACUCACAGGGAGGUGGUGGAGCGGAGGCGCCUGCUGCUGGAGAAAGGAACGCAGGAGCGGUCACGAUCGCCUUCCUCCUCUCGACACGGGGACUCCAAAACAGAACGUGAGAAGACACAGACCAUGGGGAUCAGCACUGUUGCCUUGGUGGACAAGCCAGAAAAGAUUCAGACAAUAAAAACGACCAAGGGCCUGGGCAAGAAAAAGGAGAAGUCCGGGGAAGUCGUAAAGAAGGAAGAGAAGACAGGCUCGGGGCAGUCACCCACACAAGGAACCCCUAAGAAAGAAGAUGCCUCAAAGGCAGGCAAGGGGAAGGUAACCAUCCCUGAGCAGAAGAUGAGCAAGGGAAAAGGGACGAAGACGGGGAGCAAAGAGAAACGCAGCAUCCUCCUGGAGUCUGAGCAGCUGGUUGUUGAAGCUACAGAGAUGGUUAACCCUCUCCUGGAACCUGUGGAGCACCGAGAUGGGAAGGUUUUCAUGCCUGGGAACAAGGUCCUUUUGCACCUCAACCUCCUCCGAAAUCGGAUCACAGAGGUGGGGCUGGAAGGUUUCCUCACUGCUGUGCAAUACCAGGUUCAGGUAUCUAAGCCCAGGACUUCGUCCAAGGGCCCCUUGGGGCUGCUGUGGCUGUCCCUGGCGAAAAACUGCUUUGACCCGCAGUGUCCAACAUACACCAUGAUUCAGGAACUGAUGCUGCCAAGGGACCCUGUGAAGGCCAAGGUCAGGGAGGAGGACGCCACAGUUACCUAGGCCUCCCACGGGUGGCCCUAUCUUCUUGGGAGAUAUCUUGGACCAGUAACAGUCUGUUGCUGCACUAUUCUUUGAAAAAUCACUCCAGAACUGUUUGGAACAUCUGGGCUCUUGAGUCUGUUCAUACUGCCUGGCUAGAUGUGGCAGAA